AUGACAUCUUCAUUUGAUCCAUCACUCUCAACGAGUGGUAUGCGUCCUCCGUUGAUCUCGGCAGAUGCGCCAUCCAUGGCGGACUCUCUUCCCAGCAUCAACUUUGGUUUUGAUGACCUGCGCAAUCGCAUGGCACAGUUUACGGUUAAAUUCGAUGCAUUCAUUGAGCGAGGGCGCAAACAAGUUCUGGAGGAGAGGAACCAGUUUCAUAUCAAUCUUGCUGAAUUACAAGAGGACGAGCGGAUGCGACAGCGUGAUAUUGAGAUCCUGAACCUCAAAACCCAGACCCAUGAACAAACUCUUCAAAAAGAGGCGGCUGAGGCUGCUGAAAUGCACACUGCGAUUUCCUCGAUCACUAUGGAGCGCGACUCUCGACUCACCAAGCGGGACCGUCUCAAACAACAGAUCACGGAGACCCGAAAGGCAAUCGACCAAAGACUGGAGGCACAGAAAAACCACGCAAAACAAUUGGAUGCGCAAUCUCGUCUCAACAACCCGGAACUGGAGUUCUGGCAGGAUUAUCUUUGUUUACGGAUCGAGGGGGCUGGCCGAGAGGAUCGAUUGAAAUUCGUUUACAGUCAUAUAGUAGAGAAGGAUUGGGAAUCAGAGGCAUGGUUCGAAUUGGGAACUGCUAGUCGAGAUUAUGAAGUGUUCCACACGCGGCCAAAGGUGAACCGUGAAGCUUUGGAGCGUGAGGUCGAUCUUGUCAACGAGGACCGGGACUUUGGCGCAUUUCUCAAGCGAAUGAGAAAGUUAUUUGUGGAAACUAUGAAUUGA